AUGGAUUCUGCCGGGCCUGUGGCGGCCCAGCUCGAUCGAAACUGGCCGAACUCUCGCGCUGCGAAUCAGAUUGCCCACGUAGGUAAACAAUGUCGUCAUAUAAUUGCUCUCGCGCAAUCGAAUUUGCGGUCGAUUGCUUGCAGCAAACUUCGCCAGGUAUAUAAACCCCGGCCUUCCCUGGUGGCUCUCCACAGUAUCGCCAUGUACAGAACCGCAUUCAGAACCGUCAGAGCCGUCCGCCCAGCAAACGCACCGGUGUUGCAGCAGCGUUGUCGCGGCGGCGUCGUCGACAGCACCAAGGAAGUGCUCAAGGACAUCAACCUCAAGGUUGGAAAGACGCUCGCCUCAGGGCUCGAUAAGGCCGAAGACGUGGCCGAGACCGUCAAGGAGGAGGUGUCCACCGUCAAGGACAAGGCUGGAGACAAGAAAAACGACCUGUCGCAGAAAGCCUCGCAGGAAGCUGCCGAGCUGAAGGACACACUCCAGUCCAACAAGGACCACGUCCAGCGGGAAGUGAAAGAGAACUUCAAGGGCUACGACAGCCUGCAGGACAAGGGCUCCAAGAUUGAGCGCGAACAGCAGCGGCCCGACGACGGAGUGUAG